AGGCUUCUGACGCCUGAGCUCUGGCGCUCCCAGGCAAAUGUGCCUGGACUUAUUAGACUCCUGCGUGCUUAUUUUACCAAGCACGCCGGUUUUGCAGAGCUGCUGAGGACGCACAUGCAGGCGAUCCUUGAACGGUUCCAAUUCGUCUUGAUGAAUCGGAAGACCGAGGUAGCAGCCUUGGAUUUGCUGAAUGCAAUGUAUCAGUACUUACCCAUUGACUUUUACCAGCAGUUUCUGAAGACGCUGAUGACAGUUUUGUUGACUCGACUGCAAAGCAGCAAGUCACCAAAGUUCAAGCGCGACUUUGUUGUGUCGUGCUCGCUUUGCAUACACAAGAACCAGGCAGUUAUAGCUCUCUUCAGUGAAAUCCAGGCUGGCCUUUUGAGCAAUCUUCUACAGAAUGUGUGGCCGCCUGUGUUGAAGAUGCCCCUCCGCACCGACGAGCGGAAGGUGUGCGUGAUGGCGUUAGUCAAGCUUUUCGCGAUCGAAGAGCUGAGACAGAAUCAGCAGCUCGUUGGUGCUUGCUCUCUUGGGCUCAUCCACCUGUUGGGGUUGGCGUCGAACAGCAAGCCAAAGCUGAACGGCGACGAAGGCUCGGAUGAGGAACCUCUUGAAAACGGGGCCGGUCAGGAGUACGAGGUGAGUUUCAGCAAGCUGCAGAACACAGAUCUGCCUGGGGCGGCAGCUGGCCUGGCGCCAGACGUGCCUAACCUGCACACGGCGGCGAAAGCGCUGAAGCCGACGCUGGGGCCUGCGGUGCUGCAGCUUGCCUCGACCACCGCGGAGCUGCAGCCACUGGCAAUUUUCUUGCAGUAAGCGCCCUGCUUACUGUUUGAGCGGUUUCCACUAGCUAGGUUUGGUGGAGAUGUGAUAUGCUCUUCAGGUUGUGA